AUAUAUCAACAAUUUGUAUCUUCAUAUUAAAUUUUUUUGUGUUAUAAACACCUUUAAUCGUGCUAUUCAAAUAUAACCGAGAAAACUUUUUCUGAUCUUGAAAUUUAUAUUUUAGAUAAAAAUGUGAAGUGUCGCGUUAAUUUUGUCCCCGGUAGUAAGAACAAAGUUGAAAUUAAUGGAGAUUGGACACGUUUUUGUGAACGAUUGAAACAAUAUGCUUCUAAUCGCAAAGAAAACCCGGUGAACAUUUCAACAACAGAUAGUUCAAUGUUAAGUAAUACUGAUUCAGUUAUGUUGGAAGAACUUAUCGAUGCGAAAUUUAGUAACUAUUCUGGUAUCGGUGAUGCAAAAACUUGGUUCUUACAAACCAUGAAUCAAUUCAAAGAAACUCGCCUGCGGCGAGCUGAUCAAUUUUCGGCUAUACCUUUUCUAUUAGAAGGAGACGCUUAUUUUUGGUAUGCUGAGCAUGCAGAAACAAUUUAUAAUUUAGAAAAAUUUAGCAAGAUGUUUCUUCAAGGGAGAAACAGCAGAAUCCAUGAAUCCAUGAAUCCACUUGAAUCCACUUGA